AUGCAAGACGAGGGCAUUUUCGGCGACAUAGAACAGGACAACAACCCGCUGUUUUACGCCAGUGCCAGCGGUACCGGGGCUGCUUUCCCGGAUCCGGGAAGCCCUUCGUUAAAGUCCGAAACGGCCCCGCCUUCCGAAGGCGCCACAGACUUCAGCUCCACCGCCUUGGUCAAUAGCCAGUUGGGGCUUUCACACAAGAUCCGCAAGAUGCUCAACAGCUCGCGGCUCCGCAUCGACGUGAUUCUGAGCGAGCGGCUAGUCAACUCCCAUGUGAUUGUGUAUUUGAUAGAGUUGCGUCUAGACAGGCUGGACGACGUGGUGAUUGUCAAGAGACGGUACUCGGAGUUCAAGUCGUUGCGUGACAACUUGGUGCGGUUGUUCCCCACGGUGAUUGUGCCGCCAAUUCCGGAAAAACAUACGCUUUUGACCUAUUUGGUCAAUUCCAUCGACAACACUCGCGAAGUGUCCAUUAUCGAGGUGAGAAAGAGGUACUUUCGGAACUUCUUGCGGGACUUGGUGUUCGACCUGGACCCGCUCUUGAAAAACUGCCCGUUGGUGCACAAGUUUGUUGAUCCUAGCUACGAAAUGUGUUGGGAAAACGCCGUCAACGAGCCUCCGGUAAGUUUGAUCUCUCCCAAUCCUCUCUUGGCUAAUCCGAAUAACCCAGCAGACCAAAAUGGCCUUUACUUGCUUCUCCCGCUGGUCCAGGGCUACGACUUGGACUCUCCGGACAAUUUGUCCAACUUGAAGAAAAUCAACGAAGACAUCCACAAAUUGCAUAACGAGAUCAGCGUGUAUGAACUCAAGGAAAGCAGAGCGCUGCAGAACUCGCAGGAGCAGCAAAAAACCCUGAAACUGGAGGCUUUCAGCAAUAUCCCGCUGGACUUGAUCAACUUUGAGACCAACUUCCAUCUGAACAUUCGUGUUUUGCGUGAUCUAGAAAAGAUCAACUCCCGCUCAGUUAAAAACCUCAAGCACAUGAUUAACAUUUUGAUCGAAUUGGGAGGAAACUUGAACAACUUCUCUUUGCAGAUCCAUGAAGUCAAUAGCCAAGAGAAUAACCAGCUAUCUGUUCUUAUUGAGAAAUUUGGGUCCACGCUAGACUCGAACUUUUUGAACUUUGAACAUUUCGUUCACAAUCAUGCUAUUCCCGACUGGCAAGAACCAAUCACCCAAUUUACUCAAUAUUACUUCUCUGCGCUUCAGUUGGUCAAGUUCUACAAGUAUAAACUCAUUCAAUUCAAGCUCCUCUAUAAGCUCAAAUUCAACAAAAUCCAAGAAUACGCCAACACAAGCAACAGCCCGCAGUCUGUGAAGCAUUUGAAAGACUUGAACAUCAACAGCCCUUCGAUCAACCUGGCCAUCAAAAGGAUUGAGUCCAAGCAAAAUCGAGCCGGGUCACUCAAGCAGAAAAAAUCUUGGUACGGUCUUUUCGGCGGAAGCAAAACAGCGCUGUUCAACUUACCGGAAGACAAUUAUGCAUUCAGACAGCAGCAGCAGCAGACUGAAGAUUCAGGCAGCACCACCUCGGAAUAUGGAACGAAUAAUAUCAGUACCGACAUCAACAGCCAUUACCAGUUCAAGAUCAGGCACAUUGAAAAAGAGCUAGAUAAAUUGGACCAGCUCAUUGAUCUUUUCAAUGCAGACAUGGUCAAACUUACAGAGAAUUUGGAAAUCAGCUUCACAGAAUACAUGAACAAAAUGGAGCGCAAGUGGCUUGAGAUUAUGCUCGAGUUCAUACGCAACGGGAAACAAUUGUUCAGCGAAAACCUAUCGAACUGGAAGGAUUUCAAAAGCUACAUUAAUGAGUCGUGCAGCAUUUAG